AUGUCAGCGGCGGUGCAGCCGGUCGCGACGCUUCCGACGCUGGCCAGCAGUGUUCCGCCGCCGCCGCCCACGCACAAUCCCCUUCAUCAUCCGGCCGCGGGGCUGCCACUGCCGCCGUUGGGGUCCGCGCCCGUGAUGAUGACUCGACCACCGGGCAACACCAUGCCGCCAUUAGGGCCGUCGCUGCCUGCCGCGCACCAGGACGCCGAUCUGGCGGAGGCCGCCCCGAACCAGGACGUCUUGCUGGCCCUGCUCGCCAGGAACAAGAACCUAGAAGAACGGAAGAUUGAAACACCAAGCUGUUUUCCGAUCAAGGAAGAACCCUCGAUACCGAAGUGUGGCGGUUGUCAAGAAGCAAUUUUGGACAAAUACGUGCUGAGGGUCCUCGAGAUGUGCUGGCACGCGAGAUGUCUCACGUGCCGGGACUGCGGCGCAAGGUUGACCAACAAGUGUUUCGCGAAGAACGGCCAUGUUUUCUGCAAGGACGACUUCUACAAGCGUUUCGGGACGAAAUGCGCGGGCUGCGGCCAAGGACUGGCGCCGUCGCAAGUUGUACGAAAAGCACAGGAACUGGCCUACCAUCUUACUUGUUUCUCCUGCGCCCUUUGCUCGCGACAGCUGGACACUGGCGAUCAGUACUACCUCAUGGAGGACAGGAAGCUCGUUUGCAAGCCCGAUUACGAGCAGGCGAAGGCGAAAGAAUUGGCCGAUGGGGGGAGCAUAGAUGGCGACCAACCGAACAAGAGGCCGAGGACGACGAUCUCGGCGAAGCAACUCGAAACUCUGAAAUUGGCGUACAACACCAGUCCCAAGCCAGCGAGACACGUGCGGGAACAACUCUCGCAGGACACAGGACUCGAUAUGCGCGUCGUUCAAGUGUGGUUCCAGAACAGAAGAGCAAAGGAGAAGAGAUUGAAGAAGGAUGCGGGUAGAACGAGAUGGUCCCACUUUUUCCGAGGUACUAUGAAAGGAACGGGGGCUGGUGGACAUUCACCUAGGCACGAUAAGCUUCUCGAUAAGGACGAACUUAAAGUCGACCUGGACUCCACCUUCGGUCAUCACGAUUUGAGUAACGACAGUUACGGGACUGUGGUGAACAUGGGAUUGGAUGGUGAAGGCGCGAGUCCAGGUGGAGGUGGAAAUGGCGGGGGCGGGGGCCCUCCACGCGGUUAUUUAGGUGCAACGACUCCCCCUUAUCUGUCAACGUCCAGAUCACCGUCCUUACCACCACAAUUUCCAUAUCCACCGGAUACUGGCCUCUCCGUUUACACCACCCUUGGUGGCGCAGGCAGUAUGGUACCGGGUCCGGCGUCGGAUUUGAGCAACGAAUCGAGCGGGGGCGGCGGAGGUGGUGGCGGUGGAGGCGGCGGCGGCGGAGGUGGUUACCCAGAUUUUCCACCCUCGCCCGAUUCAUGGCUCGGCGAACCACCACCUCCGCACGCUCACCAUCAUUCCCACUACAGCACAUAA